UGGCGUACGCAGUCACUUGGCGUUAAACUCAAGAGGACUGGAGGUAUAAUAACAAAUAGUAAUAAUACAGUCAUAGUUAUCUCGGUGCUCCAAUGGCCGAACAGACGAACACUGCGCACAGUAAAGUCGGGAGUUGUAUGUUGCGCAACUGGGCGGAAGAGAGGGCCGUCGCCGCUCUUGACACUCUGGAGACGAGGUCACAAAUUCGGAAGUACGGACACAGAGGGAUUCUCACGACGGACUGGGAGUCUAAAAUGGAAAGUGUCACCACGCUGAAAGCGACUUACGUCCCUCCAAAAAGUCCAGGGAUGAGGCUGCGGGGCAUCAGAGGCGAGCUUUUGGAAAAACAAAUAGCCGAGAUGAUAAGAGAGAAGGUUCACGCUGAACUGAACCCACCGAUUCCUGAAACAGACUUCUGCUCCACAACCCAGAAAGAUUUCUGUGUCGAGGGAUUUGUGCCUUUUACCCCCGAAACAACACAAGUUCAUGAUUAUAAAACUGACCAGGCCGUCACAUUUUGGAGUGACAAUUGCCAGCGGAUACAGGGUGUGACUGGCGUGCAGAACCCGGAGGCUCCUUUCAGGAAGUCGGCCCUGUUCAGCACACCGAUCAGCGAGCGGCUGGAUGAAAUCGAGCUCCCACCUGAUAACUGA